AUGAUUAUUUUAGUGGUCGCAAACCAGCUCACUGGUGGUCAUAAACUGAUGAAAGAUGGUCGUGAUGCAUUUUACAUCAUAAUACGGAUUGAUGUCAGCACUGAUAACCAAAUAAAGAUACAGAAGAAAGAUUCAGAGGAACACAGGGAAUUAUAUACCAAGAUACGCGACGACCUGAUCAUUGGCAAGAAAACUGUUGGACGAGUGAACGUUUGCUUUAUGCAGUUUCUUGUUCAGUACCGAUAA